AUGGGGAAUUCUAUGCGCAAGAUGUUCGAUGCGCUGUUUGGCAACAAAGAGAUGCGGGUGGUCAUGCUUGGGCUCGAUGCUGCUGGGAAGACGACGAUCCUGUACAAGCUGCACAUCGGGGAAAUAUUGAGCACAGUCCCCACCAUCGGAUUCAACGUGGAAAAGGUGCAGUACAAGAACGUCCUUUUCACAGUCUGGGACGUCGGAGGUCAGGAGAAGCUGCGGCCGCUGUGGAGGCACUAUUUCAACAACACUGAUGGGCUCAUUUACGUGGUGGACAGCCAGGACAGAGAACGUGUCAACAGAGCCGCCAGCGAGUUCAAGGCAAUUGUGGAUGAUCCCUUGAUGCGGCACAGCGCAAUCCUUGUAUUUGCCAACAAGCAGGACCUGAAGGGCGCUGCGAGCACAGCGGAGGUCUGUGAGGCGCUGGGCCUCUCGCAGAUGAAGGGCAGGAGGUGGCACGUGCAGGGGGCUGUCGCUAUCAGGGGCGAGGGCCUCUAUGAGGGCUUGGAUUGGUUGUCAAAUACUCUAGUAGCCAUGCAGAGGAGCGGGCAGAUCACCAGUGUCACGGCAGCAAACCGCUGA